AUGGCCGAUAUUGUUGGUCCGUUACGUCCAUCUGAUAGCUGGUCAACCACGGAAGUGCGCUCGUUGCAACACUCACACGUCUGGACAAUUCGUGGUUUCUCGCAAUGCGAGUGUCGCUAUCUCGAAACAUCCGUCAAAAUCAAGGAAACGCCAGUUCCUACGAAUACGCUCGAUGGCAAUCAGCUGACAUUCCGAAUCCGACUUCAUCCACAAGGCAACAAGGAAUCAAACAAAGACUUUAGUUUUUUCCAGGUUUUCUGCAAUACAAAUACAGCCAAAUAUCGUGCAAAAUUCUCCGUAUUCAAUGCCAAAAAUGAGGAAGCUCCGACCACUGUAUAUACUGGAACACAGCAGGUCUGUUUUUUGGUGCACAACGUGAAACAGUUAAGCCUACUUUGA